ACAGUGUAAUAAUAAUUUUAUAGCCCCCGUUUAGAAGAAAUUCUAAAAAUAUUACGUAUACCGAGUUAACGCUGACUGCAAAACACGCGUGUGCUCUGGCAACAAUUUCGCACAGCAGCAGCAACAAGCGACGGCCAGUGGUCGCGAUAGUGGCCAACGUGAGUGCAAGGCUAAUGCAAACAAUUGAAUAAGCGCUGCUGUCUGCUGCCUGCUGUUGGGAGCCACUCGAUUUCAGUGCAGGUUGGCGCCGCCAUCGUUCUCCGUGCUGACCAAAUAAAAAUUGAAGUUUGUACGAAUUUUGCACGCGCUUGCAGUUCUUCGCUAUAAUUGCAACCAGCUGGUGGCGGUGGCCCCUGACACCGUCACCCGUUGCCCGUUGCCCGUCUUGCCGACGUGGGGCUGGGGGCUCCGCCAUCGCUUUGAUCGUGAUCGUACGUGUGUGUGUCUGUACAUAUAUAUAUAUAUGCGUGUGUGUGUGUGUGUGAGCAGAGACCACCGCAGUGACCAUGAAGCGACGCGUUGCUCUCAAUUUAUUGGAUGUUUACAAUAAAUAUCUAAAAAUGUUUAAAUUGUACAAUUGCAAAGCGAAAUAAAACGAAAGUCGACAGAAUGACGACAAUAACAGCAACAAAAACAACAUAGUUACAACAAUAAUAUUAACAACAAUAACAAUUCGCUCUAUUUGCUCUGGCAACAAGAAAAACACACGAAACAGCUGAGAAAAUUAACAAGCAGGUAGUCGCGCAUUAAGUCGAUCAACCAUUUGUGCUCUUAAGCUUUUUAAAAAGGCUGAAAUUUAACGAGGAAAGCAAUAAAGCUAAACAAAACGGCUCAAAGAAAAAUAUAGCUAAAGCCAAAAGUGCCUCUCUCCUAAUGUGUUUAAGUGAAUUUAAGCCGCUCUUUGACGUCACUUGUCGGUGCCAGUGUUGGCGGCGCCGUCUCUGGCCCUGCUUGAGCCACCCGCCUGCCCCUCGCCCGAGCGGGCCCCGCUUUUAAUCGCGUCGCGCGCAUCUUCCCAAAUGCGUUUCGUGUCGUUUUUGUUUUUGUUUUUCUUGCGCGCGCUCUUCUCUCUUCACUGCCACCAAGACGCGUGACUUGGAUUUUUGAGCUUACAGCACACAUGCACAAAUGCAUGCAUGUGUGUGUGCGUGCGUGUACGUGUGUAGCAGCAUUUAAUUGGAUCUGGAUCCGGAUUAUUCAACCGCACAGAGCUGAAUAUUAUGGAAAAGGCGAAAGCUUACAUUAAAAAUGAACUCCGUGGCAGCAGCGCGCCACUGCAAUCGGAGCCAACAGCAAUACCACAACCACAACCACAAUCACUGCCGCAGGGGCACAAUCAGCACGUGGCCGCUUCGGAGCUGAUGCCGUCGCCGGUUGGAGGCUAUCAUAUGCAGCAAUACUACAGUACAGGGCCUGUCAAGUCGACGGGCCGUGCCUCGGCUCCGCCGGAGCACAUGACCGCGUCCGUUUGCUUUGUGUGUGGCGGGCAUGGCAGCUACGAGGCGUUGCGCGUGCGCGCCAAUCCGGAGCGGCCGAGCGAGGCACACUUUCCGUUUCUGGAACGGCAUGAGCCGCCCCAGGGAGUGCCGGCCGUGACAGCCAAUCAGAUGUACGUGAUGGCCUGCAUGCUGUGCUUUCGCUCACUGCACGAGCAGUGGGAGGCGUACGAACGUCAGAAAAAGCCGCUGCUGCAGCGCAUUUACCACAUGAAGCGAGUCGAUGGCAAGGGCUACAUUGGAGCAGACGUGGCCACCCAGAGCGAGUACGCGGCCCAAAUGCUGGGCCUCAGUGCCGAGCAUCUCAGCCAGAACGGACUCGCUGAGCUGCACAGCGCCGCCGCUGCGCCUUCACUGGAUCCAUAUGCCCUGAGCAGGCAUUACGCGGUGGGCGCACCAUCGGUUGCCUCGCCCCAGCAGCUGCAGCACCAUAGUACCUCAAGGAACGCCUCGCCGGACUACUAUCCUCGCAACGCUACGCCCACUAGCCACAGUCAGGGCUACAGUAACCACAAAUACCUGAGCCAGCCGCAGUCGCGGGAUAUGCAGCUGCCAUCCCCGUUGUCGCGUCCGCCCAGCGAGCCGCCUGCUCGCACAUCGCUUGGCCCCAGCUCCAACUUUGCGCAGCACAAGUUUAAGCUGGGUCAGCACAACUAUCAGCCACCACCGCCCCAGUCGCCGGCACAGUACCAGCCCGCGCAGUACCAACAGCUGCAGCAGCAAACGGCCGCCUAUCACAUGCUGCAGCAAGUGGCCGCUGUCUCGGGUGAGCCUCAGUCCCACUAUAAAGGGAAUCCAUACAGUGGCCUGCCCAGCCUGGGUGGCAUGGGUACGGCAAUGCCGCUGGCUACGCAGCCGCCCAGCCUGGAGGAUGAUAAUGCCACGGUGCUUGAUCUGCGCAAUUCGUCCAAUGUGAAUGUAACGCCAACAGCGACGCCCACUCCUGUGACCACGCCCACGUCCCGUAGUCAGCCGGGCAGCUCUUCCUCCUCGACCGAGGUGGGCAUUCUGGAUCUGUCCAUGCCGGAUAAGAACUCCAUCACGGAAGUCUGCUACGUGUGCGGCGAUGAGCAACGUCGCGGCAGCCUAGUCGAACUAAGCACCGUCAAGCCAAAGGAGUCCAGGCUCGGUCAGCCGGUGGCUUACUUUCCGCUCUUCAACGAGCAGCAUCCGCGCCCCGCCCGCUCUCGCCCAAAGGAUCCCCGUGGCAUGAUCCAGGCCUGCAUGCCCUGCUACGAGGAUCUCAUACAACAGUGGAACGCCCAUCAGGCCGCUCACACGCCGGAAUCGCAGCGCUCUUACAUGUUGCGAAAACGCUCAGCGCCGGCGACGGAACGGACAACCUUUGUGUGCUACACUUGCGGCACGGACACGCCCUCCUCGCAGCUGCGACUCGUCUACUGCUGCCCCAACACGGAACGGGAGCCCUACUAUCCGUUCAUCAAGACCAUGAAGGUCUUCAAAAACGCUAGUCCCAUCAGCCCGCAAGGCAUGGUGCAAAUCUGCGCCGGAUGCAGCGAGAAGCACACUAACCUGGCGGAAGGCGGCCUGCCUGUACCUGCUGCGUCCACUUCAGAGUCCGGAGCAGCGCCAUCCUUGGAGUCCAGUUCGGCCAUGUACAGCGCAAGCGGCCCCAUCGCUGGCAACCAUGUGACGGCAUUUGUGGGUCGCAAUUCGCCGUCGGAAAAGUCGCUUGCCAAUUCGGACUCCACGAGCAAUGUGCGCUUCAAGCCAUACGAAACGAAUUCCAACAACUCGAACUCAAACACGGCGCGCGACUUCAAGCAGAUCCGACGCACCGACUCCAGACCCAGUUCGCCCAGCUCUACACAGGGACACAUCGAGAAUGGCCAUGCCCAGUACCCCUGCUCCAUUUGCAAGGUGCUCUGCCCGUCCAAUAAAAUGGAUUGGCUUUCCACCAGUGCCGAGCACAUGAACUCCCAUGCUAUGCACUUUCCCUGCCUCAAGGCCAAUGCCACCAGCAGCAGUAGCAACGGUCUUAGCAAUAACAACAACAACAACAACACUAAUAAUAAUAAUAAUAAUAACAACAACAACAACGAGCUGAACAGCAAUCGUGUGCUGGCCUGCAAGGAUUGCAUUAACUACUUAACCAGCCAGUGGGAGACAAUGGAUGCGGAGCGUGUACCGUUGGAGCACAGGAGAUACAACAUUCCCUCGCCGAUGAUGACCUCCAGCUCGCCGAAUGGAUCUCGCCAUGGCGCCAUGAGUACCUGCACUCCGCCCUCAACGCCAUCCGUUUCCUCAUCAACCCCUGCCAGCACCUCAAUCUACUGUUUCCUGUGCGGCCUGCAUUCGGAUCUAACGCUGGCCAGAAUCCUGUAUGGCAGCAAAGAGGGCUCGAGACCUUAUUUUCCACUGUUGCUGAAACACAACUCUUUGCCAAAUGCUGAGCAGCUGAGAAACAAUUCGGCUCUAGUCUGCACAUUUUGUUAUCAUUCCAUGUUGAAUCAGUGGCGCAAAUAUGAAGCUCAAAGUCCCAGCCUCAGUCCGGCGGAUAGAAAGUACAAUUGGCACGACUACAACUGUCAUCUGUGCGGCAUUACGACUUACAGAAAGCGAGUGCGGGCUCUGCCUGUCAAUGAAUUCCCGUUCGUAAAGCAUCAGAAGAGCGACGAUGGACUCCUGCUGGAGAAUGGUGAAUACGCCGUUGUGUGCCUGGACUGCUAUGAAAGCUUAAGGCAACAGGCGUCGCAGCAUGAUCGCUUCGGGGUGCCCAUCUCUAGGCGGGCCUACAAUUGGGUGCCCCAGCCGCCGCCGCCGGAGGACAGCCCCGAUGCCGCAGUGGCGCGUUUGCCCUGCGGCGAACGCUCCGAUCGUAUUCUGAUGAGCAAUGCGCUGAGGCCCAUUCCAAGCAAGAAGACCACUUCGCCAAAGCAAUACGAAAAGUCAAAAGAAGUGCCGCCCAAGGCUGGACAGAAGCGACCGGCUACCAGCCCAGCUCCCCACAUACCCGUGCCGCACCAUCUGCAGACGCCGCCAAACUCUAGCAGCGUUCCAGGGGCGUCUGUUGCGAAUAGCCCGGCGCCGCCCACGUCGAACAGCGCACUGCUGAACCACGCCCUGCCCACCAACCAUAUUGGCGCCCAGUCACCCCAACAGCAGCAUCAGCAGCAGCAGCAGCAUCAACAGCAGCAGCAGCAGCAGCAUCAAGCGCAUCAACAGGCAGUCGCCGCAGCUGUGCAGCAACAGCUGGCGGGCGUGGGCGUCGGAGUGCCUCCUGGCGCCAUCAAUGCAGCAUCGGCGGCCAGCGCGCGUGGCUCGUUUGCAGCUGCGCUGCGCACGCUGGCCAAGCAGGCGGACAUCAAGGAGGAGGAUGACGCCAACACGGCAGCCCGAGAGCGCAACGUUCCCACAUCCGCUGCCCAGCCGCCGCCCAACGCCGGACCCGGACCUGUGGCGCUCAACUCGGUGGCCGGACGCGGUGGGGUUUCGUCUGGCGGCGUCGCUGUCGAGGAUCGCCUCGCUGCCAACAAGAAACGUUCGCCGCCUUCGCCGCAGCCGCCAGAGAAAAUGGCACGGCUCAGUCACACGCCGCAGGCGGCAGCCAUGCAGCCGGAGCUGCUGGCGCGCAGCGGCUUUCAGCCCUACAGAUCCGAUGAGCGGCUCAUGCAUCCGGCAGGUGCCUUCCCCCUGGAGGCCUACUCGCACUUUGCCGGCCUGCCCGGCAUUCCCCCAGCAGCAUUUCUGAAUCCGGCGGCGGGUCUGCCCUACUCGGAUCCGCUGUACUUGGAGCAUCGCUAUCAGCUGUUCCGGGCGGCUAGCGGGCAUCACACGCAUCCGCACGCGGCGGCACUGUACCCGCCGAUGGCAUCGCCCUAUUCACAUCUGUACUCGAUGAUGCCGGGCGCAGCUCUGGGCAUUUCGCCGGCAAUGCACGACAGAAUCAAGCUGGAAGAGGAGCACCGGGCGCGUCUGGCGCGCGAAGAGGAGCGCGAGCGUGAAAUGCAGCGCGAAAAGGAACGCGAACUGCGCGAGCAGCGUGAAAAGGAACAGCGCGAAAGAGAACGCGAACAGCGCGAGCGGGAACGUGAGCAGCGCGAAAAGGAGCAGCGCGAGAAGGAACAGAAGGAGAAGGAGGCGCGCGAGCGUAAAAUGCGCGAGGAGGAGCGUGAGGCCAGGGAGCGGGAACGCCAGCAAAUGCUCAAUGUUACGCAUCACUACUCUAACCAGCUGUACGCGCCGCUCAACCGCAACCUGCUCGGCUCCAUGAUACCGCACAUCAGCCUGGGCCUGCGUGGCCCGCCCGGCGGCCUGCACAGUCUCUCUAGCAUGUCGCACUAUCACGCGGCGGCGGCCAAUGCGCAGCGCCAGAGCCCUAUGGGCCUCAACCUAGGCAUGCCCGGCAUGCCCUCGCUGCCUGGACACGGGCCAACCAAUCUGCAGCAUCAUUUACAGCAGGCAGCCAUGGGCCUGGCCGGACAUCCUGGUGCGGCCGGCCUUACACAUCCCGGCUUUUCGGCAGCCGCUGCCCUGGGCCUGGGUCCGCAUCCACACAGCCUCAAUUUGAGUCACGCUCACCUCUCGCCGCACCAUGCUGUGCACCAGCUGCCGCCGCACUCUGUGGCCAGCUCAUCGGCGGGCCCCAGUCCCGGAGUGGCUAGCAGCACGGCAGCCACGUCCGCGUCGCCACACAGCAGCCUCAAUCUAACGGUGGCUACCAGCAGCAUGGCUCAGACGACGUCCACGCCCACGGCCAGCUCGCACAUUCCGACCAUGAGCCACUACUAUCACCAUGGCCACCUGGCGGCAAUACACGCAGCGGCGGCUGCCAGCGGCUUGACGCCCGUCGCCGCCCAUCAGCAGCCCAUAAGCGCCGCAGCUCAUCCGACGUCGCCCAAGAUUACGCCGCCACUCGGCUCGGCGCCCAAUGGAGGAUCCCGCGCCGCCAACAGCCCUCACGCCAUGCGCCACCAUAUUGCGGCUGUCGUCGCUGCGGCCGCCCAGCAGCAGUCGGUGCUGCUAGAGAAGACCGGCGUACCGGCAGCAGGUCCACACACGCACGAGCCGGCUACGCUGGACCUGACCGGCUCCAACUCAAACUCGAGCAACCAGGCGCAGUCGAGCGCCAGCAACAGCACAUCCGCUGCACAUGAGCUGAACGGGAUUGAGUCCAACGGGCCCACGGAAGCCAAGGAGUUGCUGACUCCGCAGACUGCCGUUAAGGAGGACGCACUGCAGAGCGCCACACCGCCUGUGGCUCUCGAAAAGAAGCCGGCCACGCCGAGUGCCAACGCCAGCCAGGAAAAGACGCUGCUGCCGGACAGCUCGCCGGAGAAUGCGUCACGCCGUAGCGCCAGUCCGCCCAAUACGGACAACAACAACAGCAGCAGCAACGCGAACACCAACACCAACAACUCGAGCAGCUCGGCAGCCGGAGCCGGAGCUGGAGCUGGAGCGGCAACCGGCGGCCCACAAGGUAAUAGCAGUGCGGAGCUCUGCCCAAAGGUUCUGGCUGCCUGUACGCCGCCUGCCAGCAAGCAGGAGCAGUCAGAGCAGCCAGAACCAACACAGCGAGCCAAGCUCUCGCCGGACGACGCGACAUGUGUGUCCGGUGGCAGCGCGGUCACGUCCACCACAAGUGGCAGCAACUCCCCGCCGGUGGUGAGCAGCAGCACCAACAGCGGCAGCGCGAAUAUUGCGCCGGCAGCAGCGCCUGCUGCUGCUGACGAGGUCUCCACAAGUGCCACGCCUAUUGCCGAGGCAUCCAGAUGAUCCUAUCUAAUCAAAGAGAAACAGAAGUGUCUUCAUUCAGCUACUGCAUCAUUUGUGGAAAGUCGACUGACUUUCUGGGAGUAGCUCGUGAGAUCGAAACUAGUUAACAUCUACCUUCAACUUAGCCGUUAAUCCAAAUGCCUAUUUAUAAACGAGUAUACAAUAAUUUGUAACGUAUUGCAUCAUCCUCAUCAUCGUCUAGGUGGAAAACAAUUACCGUGUUUUUUUAAAUACAUGCUUAUUAUUAACAUUAUUAUUACAUACUUAUUAUCUAUUAUGAUUUCUUUUUAUUUAAUUGUCAAAUGUUUGCUUAGAGUUGCCCAAAUAAAUCAUUUUGUUUAUAAUUCAUGUUCUCUUAUCAUUUCAAUUUCUUGGCAUCAGUUUUUGUUUUGUUUUCAGCUCAGUUUCUUACCCUUGUGAGGGUAUUAGGUACACAUAUACGUUUUUACGACAAACAUCUGAGUUGAUAUAGCAGUGUCCGGCUUUCCAUCUGGAUGUUUCUAGCUUCUCAGUCUUUAAGCUAUCGUCAUAAAACACAGAUCCUUCUCUAUGGUGGAACCGACCGGAUCAGACCUAUAUAUCGUAUAGCUCCUACUGGCAGUAAAAGCUAGGAAAAUGCGAGAUACUGAAAAUAUAUUAAUUUAGAUUAUAUACAACUUUACUCACUUCUCAAUAAGAUGAAUAAUCAUAAAAUAUUUGUAA